GAGAAGGAUAGCCAUAAGAUACUUUUUAGAGAAUUAUUCUCUUUCUGUACAGCUUCUUUGAUUAUACCCACUGGUGCCUGACCUGACCAUGAGUGAGCCAACGCUUAACUUUCAUAUACAAACGAGACUGAUUCAGUUCAAGAUACCAACAGAACUUAUCAAAAAGAAUUUCAAGAAUGUUCAGAAACAAAUUGAAAAACAAAAGAAGCAAGUUUCCGAUGAUGUGACUAAGAUCAAGAAGAACCCGAAGCUUCCAACAGCAAUGAAAUUAGAAAUGGUGAGAAAAAUCAUCAAGAAUUUUGAAUCAUUCCAAAGAAAACUUCAGAAUAAUAUCAAGAAAGACGAAGAAUUGCGGUCAAGACUCAUGGCAAGGCUUGAGAAUUUAACUCUCCUAGCGCAAUUCACUAUCGACAAAAAGGAAGAGUCUAAAGAAGAAGGCUCAAAGUCUGUUUCAGAUGGUGGCGAUAGAUUGUUGGAUCUACAUAAUGUUAAUCUUAUCAAUUGGUAUAGAGAUCAAACCAAUCUACUAAUAGUUGACUAUUUACUUAAAUCUAAUACUUAUUCUGGGACUAACAUUGGAAAUAAACUUUUAAGAUCAUUCCAACAAACAAACCUUUUGAAAUUGAUUGAUUACGACUUGCUAGAAAAUUUUAACAAAGUGUUUGUUUCCAUAAUUGAACAUCAUGAUUUAUCUUUGGUUGUUGCCUGGUUCAACGAGAAUAGAAAUGCAUUAAAAAAAGUGAACUCAAACCUUGAGUUUGAAAUUAACUAUUGCGAGUUUUUAUCCUUGAUUAAUAAGGGUCAAGUUAACGAAGCUAUAUACUUUUCAAGAGAAAAACUCUCACCUUAUGGUAAUAAAGGUAAUUAUUCCGAUGGUGAUUAUGAAAAACAUGAAAAGAAUCUAAAUAAAUUAAAGGAAAUUGGGGGGUUAUUAGUCUACAUGUCAAUAAACGAAGGAGUCAAUCCUAAGAAUGGUAAUGAGAGUACUCUUUUCUCUAGUGCCGUAAUGGCAAACACUCCAAGAUUUCAUGAAUACAAGCGCUUAUUGUCCAAUGAAAGAUGGGAAAGCCUAUCUAAAUGUUUUAUCGAAAACUUCAAUAAGAUCUAUGGUAUUUCCAAAACCUAUCCCCUUUUCGUUUACUUGUCUGCUGGUCUUUCAAGUUUGAAAACUAAAUCAUGUUAUUGCAAUUCAGAAAAUACUAUAUUUCAUAAUGAUGAUUAUGAAAAUAAUGUGGACUCAAAAGAGGAUAUAUACAAAAAGGAUUUGGCAGUUUUAACAGAUAAGAAAUUUAGAGGUCCAAAUCAAUAUUAUAGAUUACUUAAUAAGAUCAACAAUUGUCCAGUAUGCUCCCCAGAAUUAUUCACUUUGAGCAAGAACCUUCCUUAUGCUCAAUUAAUAACUCAUAUUUUUGAAAAACCUUAUAAAUUACCUAAUGGUAACAUUUAUCCUUUUGAUAAAUUAUUGAAGCCCUCAGAAAAGCACUUGUCGGAGAAAAAUACCUUGUUACGUAUGAAAAAGAUAAAAGACCCCUUAACAAGGGAAAUUUUUAUGAUUGAAGAUUGUAUCAGAGUAUAUCCAGCCUAA